CGCAGCAGAUUCACCAUGGCAACAAACCCAUCCCGCACUGCGACCGGUCGCCAUGCCGAGCGACGAUGGCUAAAACUGACUAUGUGAGGCGACUGCUUCUUUUACGUAUUAAAGAAAGCAAUUUGCGGCAAACAUUUUUGCAGAACUCGCAAGCGACGAUAGCUCGUCCGCCGCCACCGCCGCCGCCUUCCCGCCGUUGCCAUGAAGGGGGAAGUCGCCCAGAACGACUACAUUUCAUCGCGCGCAUAGGCGGCACCACGGCCCGCGUGAGCCAAUCACAGACCGGCGCCACCGCUUACGCGCACUACCAAAUCGGAGCGCCCUAUGCGCCAAACACGUACCUGUUUGUGAUCCAAGCACGCACCAGUGAGGUGCAUCGAAGCCUGGGGAAUUUCUACGCACAGGUGAUCCGGGUUGGCAUGAGGGCGCCAAACUCGUCCCUAAACGAUACUGAAUCGACAGCGUACCGGAUAAACUCGAGUGAUUAUCAGAUGGAGAUGACCACUUACCUGCCAGCAGGAUUUACUUAUCGCCCAGACCACAUUUGUCCAGAGCGACUGCCAUCCAUGAAGGGUGAGAUGGAGGUGAAUAUGAGCGAGGUGAGCAUGGGGGAGGUGUCUCGCCAGCUGGCGCGCGACAUGCAUAUCGAGCCUGGUGGAUUCUGGAGACCCUCGGAUUGCCAGCCUCGCUGGAAGGUGGCAAUCCUGAUCCCCUUCCGCAACCGGCAUGAGCAUCUGCCCAUCCUACUCCGGCACCUGCUGCCGAUUCUGCACCGCCAGCGGCUGGAGUUUGGCAUAUUUGUUGUGGAGCAGGCGGGUAGCCGACUCUUCAACCGUGCAAUGCUCUUCAAUGCGGGCUUCAUGGCUGCACUGCGCUCAUACUCCUGGGACUGCUUCGUGUUUCACGAUGUGGACCAUGUGCCUGAGAAUGACCGUAACUACUACGGGUGCAGCGCAAUGCCUCGCCACUUUGCUGUCAAGCUGGACAAGUAUGCCUACAAGUUCAGGACCUUGUCCUGUACCAACCACGGCGACUGA